CGGCGGCGGCACGGAGCGCAGGGACCCGCUCCGCCGCCGUGGGGGCUGCCAGCCGGUUCGGUGAUGAGCUCGCUAACCACGACGCUGCUUUGACAUGUCAGCUGGCGAGCCGGGAUGCCUCGGUGUCAUGCAGGCAGCUCGGUGUGAGCCCUGCGGAGAGCAGCUCGGAUCCGCCGGCCGGGGUUAGCAAUGAGCCGCAGUUAAGCUGCUGCAAGGGAUCCGCGCUGCCGCCAACGAGGGAGGAGGAAGCAAAAGCAGCUGUGCUUCUCCUACUUGUCUGGCCCUGGUACUCCAUACACUGAUCUGAUGGGAAGAGCAGGACAAAAAGGGUAUUUAUUCAAGAUGAUCUAAUGAACAUUUCCCAUGUUGUCUCAUUUGAUUAAUCAGCCACUCGAUGGGGAUUAACAGUGGAGCACCUCUUUGUGUCGCCUUUCCACCUCUGUGUAGCACGAAUAACAACUUCAGCACUUCUUCAAUAAUAAUUAUGAAACUGGUAUUAACUGAAUGGCAAUUAUGGAUUUUUAACUCUAACUCACAGUAAACCAGCAAGCCAUAUGUUGAAAUUCUUACCAAAUAGCUUUUCAUUCUUAAUGUCUCGUAUCUCUACAAGAAGUUGCAAGAUACCUGUUUGUACAAGAGGAAUAUAAGCAUUACUUGCCUGAGGAACAGAAGCUGAAAGAGAAGACACCCUAACUUGUUUGUGGAGUUAUGGUAGUAUUAUUUAUAUAGAUAUAACAAAGAUAUAUAUUUUUUAUGGUAAUGAAAAUGGCUCCUCAGAAUGCUGACUCGGAAUCUAUGCAAGUUCAAGAUCUACCUGUGGCACAGCUUCAGAAAGCAGAAACCAAGGAGAAUGAGAGUAGGGAGGAGACCAUUAGUGAAGGAUCCAUAGACCGGAUACCGAUACGCCUGUGGGUGAUGCAUGGUGCAGUAAUGUUUGGCAGGGAAUUUUGUUAUGCCAUGGAGACAGCUUUGGUAACACCUGUAUUGUUACAAAUUGGUCUUCCUGAACAAUACUACAGCCUCACCUGGUUCCUCAGCCCUAUCCUGGGCUUGAUCUUCACUCCGCUCAUAGGUUCGGCCAGUGACCGCUGCACGCUGAGCUGGGGCCGCCGGCGGCCUUUCAUCCUUGCUCUCUGCAUUGGUGUCCUCUUUGGAGUUGCACUUUUCCUUAAUGGCUCUGUGAUAGGUCUGGCUAUUGGUGAUGUCCCGGACAAGCAGCCCAUUGGAAUUGUUCUCACGGUGCUUGGGGUGGUGGUGUUGGACUUCUGCGCCGAUGCCACCGAAGGGCCAAUUCGGGCCUACCUGUUGGAUGUGGUGGACAGUGAAGAACAAGACAUGGCCCUGAACAUCCAUGCAUUUUCAGCUGGUCUUGGAGGAGCAAUUGGUUAUAUGUUAGGAGGGUUGGACUGGACACAGACCUUCUUGGGUAGCAUUUUUAAAUCUCAAGAGCAAGUCCUUUUUUUCUUUGCAGCCAUUAUUUUCUCUGUCUCCGUUGCUCUCCACCUUUUCAGCAUUGAAGAAGAGCAAUAUAACCCUCAGCAGGACAGGAUUGAUGAUGAAGGAGACACACUUUCCAGUGCCAAAUUCAGUGGCAGUCUCCCCCCGCUGAAUCGGCUGAAUGUAAUUAGUGAGGAAGAGCCCUAUGGAGCUUCCAUGUUCCAUGAUGAGGUUCAGUCGGAGCAUGACCUCAAUAUGGAGUUCCUUGAGGUGAACAUUGUGAGAAGCAAGAGCGACUCAGUUCUGCACAUGCCUGAUGCCACAUUGGAAAUUGAAUCGGAGCUGCUUUUCCUGCAUGACAUAGAACCCUCCAUUUUUCAGGAUGCUUCAUAUCCAAACACUCCCCACAACACGAGCCAGGAGAUCAUGAAGUCCAAGCUCAACCACCUGUCUGCUUUCCUCAGGGAGAACGAGAAGGAGGAGGAAAUGUUGCUUGAUAAUCGUUUAAAUGAAGAUAAAGUCCCAAACAUCAACGGCUCCCUACCAAAGGAGUUCCUCAACGGCCACGCCAGAAUAGGCAUGAAGCAAUCCAGCACUUCCAACUCGAUGCGGCGGCGCCGGCACAUGUUCUACCGGCAGCCCUCCUACACCUUCUCGUACUACGGCAAGAUCGGCUCCCACCGGUACCGCUUCCGCCGCGCCAACGCCAUCGUGCUCAUCAAGUCCUCGCGCAGCAUGAACGACAUCUACGACAUGCAGAAACGGCAGCGGCAGCGCUGCCGGCACCGCAACCAGAGCGGCACCACCAACUCCAGCGGCGACACGGAGAGCGAGGAGGGCGAGACCGAGACCACCGUCAGGCUCUUGUGGCUCUCCAUGCUGAAGAUGCCCAAGGAGCUGCUGAGGCUGUGCGUCUGCCACCUCCUGACCUGGUUUUCGAUCAUUGCCGAAGCUGUGUUCUAUACGGAUUUCAUGGGACAGGUCAUCUUCCAGGGUGACCCCAAGGCCCCUUCAAACUCGACUGAGCUGCACGCCUACAAUGCUGGGGUUCAGAUGGGAUGCUGGGGGCUGGUGAUUUAUGCUGCUACUGCUGCUGUUUGUUCAGCCUUGUUGCAGAAAUACUUGGACAACUAUGACCUUAGCAUAAAAGUGAUCUACAUCCUGGGCACGCUGGGCUUUUCCCUUGGCACUGCAGUGAUGGCCAUGUUCCCCAACGUGUACGUCACCAUGAUAAUGAUCAGCACGAUGGGAAUUGUCUCCAUGAGCAUCUCCUACUGCCCCUACGCACUUCUGGGACAAUACCAUGAGAUAAAACAGUACAUUCACCACAGCCCUGGGAACUCCAAGCGAGGGUUUGGCAUCGACUGCGCCAUCCUGUCGUGUCAGGUUUACAUCUCCCAGAUCCUGGUGGCCUCCGCGCUCGGCGGCGUGGUGGACAUGGUCGGCACGGUCAGAGUCAUCCCCAUGGUGGCUUCCGUGGGAUCCUUCCUGGGGUUUUUGACAGCGACUUUCUUGGUGAUUUACCCCGAAGUCAACGAAGAGCCAAAGGAAGAGCCCAAGGGCCUGGGUCCUGCCGAGGCGGCCGAGGGCGCGGAGAAGCCGACGGUGCUGAAGCUGACGCGCAAAGGAGCCGCGGCGGCGGAGCCGGAGGGCGAGUCAGCCGUGUGAGGCCGCCGACGCUUGCUCACCCACAUUCCAAGGAGUGCAGGUGCAGGAUCAAGAACUUUUGUUGUGGGUUUUUUUUUUUUUCCAGGAAAGCAAAUUAGGACCUUCACUACUUGUAGCUAAAAUUUGCAGAAGAAAAGGCAGUUUCAUGCAAAAUUGUAAAUGAAAUUCUGUAGUCCUUCCUCUAGGUUUGAGCAGGUCGCUCUGAUGCUAAUUGCUUUCUCUACAACUUAGAAAUGUCAUUUCUGAACACUUUUUUAUUAAGAAUACAUUUAGAUUUCAAAUAAGUUUUAUUAAUCUGCAUGAGACUCACAGUGUAUACAAUUAGCAGUUAGAAAAAUUAAGUUUUCAGCUGUUUUUAAACUAACAGAAAAUGGAAGCUAUCUCGACCUAUAGUCUCUUGCCAUUUUUUUGUCUGAACAUUUCAGAUUUCACUAUGCUUAGACAUCAAUCGAUUUUUUUUCACGAGCAUGAUAUUACUGGUCUGACAGCUACGUUAAUUUUAGACUUCAUGUUUUUCUUAGUGCAAUUACUGCAGACUCCUUUUAUUUGCAAUUAUUUUCAAGGAAAAAAAAAAGCAAUUACUGCAGUUUCUAAGAAACUGCCGUGAAUUCUUUUAGUCAUACUAUUCACAACCACUCCCAAAUCUGCUGCUUGUCAGGAGAGGGUGACACUGGGUGCUGGAUGUCAGCUGUAGGUGGAAGGAGCAGCAGCUGGGAGAGGUGACCAGCACUCACAGGUUUCUUUAUCACAAGUGCUGCAUUUAAUGAAUGUCGUUGGAAUACGCUGUGACAAUUUUUAGCUGAGAGUUUCACAUGCUGGUGAACUCGGGGGUUUUCUCAGCAUUUAAACCUGAUCAUCUCUGGAUGAAGCUGCCAUGGAGAAAGGGCAUCUCUGAGGGCAGCUUUGUGGAAGGGGGCGUGCGGAUUCUCUUCCAUAGGGAAAGGAAGUCAUUGAUUAAUUGCACUUUCUACAAUCCUUUAACCUCCUGGCUGGGAAUGCAGCAGCCAAGGUAAAGGCACGGGGUCAGUACAACAAGGAGAACCCAAGGCCUACCUCUGUCACUUUAUGGCAUAGUCUGGGUGUAUAAAAAUCUGUGUCAGAAACAGUUUUUAGGCCUUAAAAUUCAAAUGUUGCUGUUCCAGUCCCUGUGUUGGAGGAAUUGUAGGCCAGAGCUCUUCUGAGCUGCCGUACCAAUGUUGUCAGCACAUCCUCCAUGUCCCCUUCUGUGAGUCAGGACACAGCUGCAGUGCAAAGAUACUUUUCUGGAAAGAGGUUCAAAGAGUUAUGCUAACUUGGUUUAAAAUAGGUUUGGAUCAUUAUCCAGCAGCCAUUUAAAGGAACUUUCAAAACUUGUGAUUCACAAACUUCCGAUUGUCAUUUGUAAGACACGUUUGUGAUGCUGUUGAUUCAUUUUGGCCUGGGCCCCCCAGGCUGCCUCAAACCGUGUGCUGGACAGGCAAACACAGCACGGUGUGAGAUUCCUGCUGCCUCAAACUCCUCCUCCUCCAAGACUUGCAAAUGCCUGUGUCAAUCAUGCUGCAAUCCAGGCAUUCAGACAAAGAAGCUAUAUUUCAAUAUGAAAAGCAGUUUUUAAUGAAUUACUUGAAUUGUCAAUGUUUUUGAGAAAUGGAUGUUUGGGUGUAUUUGUAGGUGGCAUCUGUGGGUUUCUCUGAAGGCUUCCAGUCAAUGCCUAUGGCCUCUGCUGUCAAGGGUGAUGAUGUUUUUAGGCUGGUGACAUCACAGAGCACUGAAGUACAUGUAAUCACACAGGACUUGAGGUUGUGUUUGUUUUUCCAAGUGUCUUGAGGAAGUCUUUCUUCUUCUAUGGUGAAUAUAUAUUUUAUGUAGAACAUGUACUGUGAACUGUGUUCAGCUAGGGGAGCAAUACUACUGAAGAGUGUGAGACCUUACUGAAGAAAGCAGUUGUGAGAAAUUCUGCCAUGAAUUUGAUCAUCUCAGUUACAUUUAAUAUAUUCUGGUGGUGUUCAUGUGUGAGAGACAAGUGUUGUGUUUCACCCUAGAACUGGCAUUCAUGUAAGUU